AUGGGGAUUAUCUACUCUCACUGUGUUAUCAUAAAAACAGAAGGGGCAAUUACUACGUAUCAAGUUAAUGACCAAAGAAAAGUCGAAGAUGGCAUCAAGAAGUCAACUUUGCAGGCGUACUUCAAUGAAGAAGAGUGUGAGGCAAAGUACAUGUGUGGACUAUUUGAGAUGAGAGGAAUUAUAUGUAGGCACAUUCUUUCUAUUUUUGCCACAAGAGAUGUCCAAGAGUUGCCAGAAAAAUACAUUAUGGAGAGGUGGAGGAAGGACAUUAAACGUAGAUAUGCUCUCAUUCGCAGCAGUUACGAUGACUUGAGUGGUAAAUCAGCUGCUAGUCGGUACUCUGGUUUGAUAAAAUUAUGUUACGAAGUAGCUACAAAUGCAUGUGAAAGCGAAGAUAAUUCCCUGGACAUGACAGAGAAGCUAAAGGCAAUGAAUUCAAUUUACACCAAAUCAAAGCCCCAGGCCACAGUUGCAAGCACUCAUACUUCCAUUUAUGCUAAAACUGGUAGUUCGAAAAAGGUGUUGAGUCCUCGUGUUAUCAGAGGCAAAGGGAGGCCCCCAUCAAAGAGGAGACAACCUACAAUAGAGAAGCUACAAACCAAAAACAAAAAGGCUGGUAGCAAGCGACAAAGAAAAAGUGCAACAUCACAUACGGAAGAUGUCUUAAACCCCAUAGAUGAGGUAAUACUGCAUGGCACACCACAAGGUGUUUCGCAAAUACCUGCUACACAACAAAGUGUUAUUUCUCAGGUGAACAUCGUAUCUCAUGGCUCUCUCGAUAAUUGA